AUGCAUGAUAAUGAUAUGGAAGUAGAGGCAUCACCAUCACCGCCGCCACCACCAGCUGUGCCUCCGAGCCCCUACAGCGCUCCACUGUUAGGAGAGGCCUCAGCUGGAGUACUGGUACCACCCUUGGAAAGGGCAGCCCAGAUGGUAGAGAAGGAGGGUUCUUCUCCCGUUACGGUUGGAGCUUCUUAUGGAGCCCUGGUUACUAACCUUGCCAACUUGCAGCAGCAGCAGCAGAGUCCCCCGGCCCCUCGGCCACCGCAACCGUCUGAGGCGCCUAUUAGUCCGACUCCUGCGGUCAGUCUCCCAUCGGUUGGUCUCGACGACGACGAGGAUGAGGAACAGAAGUUGAUGUUAUCCUUACUAGGGGUGGAUCCGCAAAACGCGGUGGACCCAUCCCUAGUUGAGGAGAGCAAGGCACCAAUAUCCCUAGUGGGACCAUCCGAGACGGCGAACCCUCCAGCAGCGGCAGACCACCACGAGAAGCCAGAUGUAGUUGAUGAGCAGCAGCAGCAGGAGGAGAAGAAGAAGGUCGAAGCGAAUGUAGUUGGUCCCGUGUGGAGACCCAAGGUGCCCUUUGUGGAACAAAAGGUCGAGGCUGUUGAAGCCAAGGCCGUUCCUGGUAGUGAUCUACUACGACAUGGAGGUAUGAAGGUGCAAGAGGACGGCUCGGUGGUCCGCAACAGAGAGGUAUCCUCCACCGGGGCGGAGUUUGUCCGUUCCUUCGUGGCCACCUCCUGUGAUGACCCAUGCGACUGGAUUACUUCAAUGUUGGAUGCGGUGGAGCUGCUGCCUCUCAUCCCUCUGCCACUCGAGAAGAAGGAGGAGGAGGACGACGUUGCUAAGGACGAGGGGUCGAUGAAAGCAGUUGAGGCAUCCCCUAUGGAGUCUGUGAAGUCGGAAGCUCCGAAGAAGACUCCCGAGCUAGGGCCUGCUAAACGGGCAACGACGGGUGGGAAGAAGUCUACAGCUGGAGGGUCGGUGAAGGGCAAGGCAGGCUCCAAGGGAGGCAGUGGUGGUAGCAGCAAUCGCACUGGAAAGGUUGGAAGACCGCGCAAGGUUAACAGCAGUACUACCCCCAAGACCAAGCCGGCGUUGCCUUCUCCGGAUUCCCCGAGUAGUAAUGGUAUGAUGAUGAAUAGCUGGGUGCAGUGUGACUGUUGUCGUCGGUGGCGAAUGAUCUCGGCCGAGCUAGCUAAAGCUAAGGAGGGACGAGAUCAGAUCUUCGUUUGUUCUGAGCUCCCUGGCAAGUCUUGUGAGGACCCCUGCGACUGGAUCAUGGAUACGCAGGGUAGGGUUAUGGCAGGAGAGUCCCCAAGCCCACCGGGGGGCUCCACUCUACUACCGAGACACUCGUCUAAAGGUGGUAAUAGGAGAGGGAGUACCAGUACCAGCAGCAGCCGACAAUCGGCAGCAGCCCUGCCUAGUUCGGGUCCAGAGGGGCAGCAGUCUACAUCCACUGUCACCAAGGGGUACCCAGAGCAGGUCUCCAUUAGUGCGGUGAACAGCAGUAGUUCCCCGGAGCAGGCAGCCUCGGAGGGGAGUACUUUGGUGAAUGUGGUCCAGGUCAGCGUAGAUGCGGUGGAGUGUCUGUUAGACUGGGAUCAGCCACGGGACCGGUACUAUGUUAAAUGGAAAGGGGCUGAUGUUCAGUUGGGGGAUUGGGAGCCUUCAGCUCGUCUGCUAGAGGUCCCAGAGGAGAUGAAGGAGAUGGCUCGAAAAGAGGGCAGUCGAUGGUCAGCUGCAGUGGCUGUUACUGAUGCCCGACGGAAGAGGGCUCGAACUACCUUAUAUACGGAUAUGCGACUGAAGAGGCAAGAGGAGCUGAUAGCGGCAGCAGCGAGGCAGCCAGGGGAGGUUGAAGGACCCUCUACGGCCCCGACAGUAUCCCCAGCACCACCCAUGAUGCCGCCAGACAUCUCGGCCAUCACGGCUGUUGCAUCGUCCUCUUCUGUGGAGGAGGCAAGCGGUCAUCCCCCCACGGCGGUGGUCAUGGACCCCAUGCCUAACACGGCGGCGACGGCGGCUUCUGCCGCUGCUGCUGCCGCGGGGGUCACUGCAAUAUCUCAUACGGAGGCUUUUGAGCACCCCAAGGUGACCACGGCUAGACCAAAGGCCAAGUCCAGGAUGCAGGCGCGGAAGCAGGCUAUGUUGGCAGCUAAACACCGACAACAGGGCAAGAAGGAGAAGGAACAGGAAAAGAUACUAGUCCCUGUGAAGGAAGAGAAGGGCAGUAAAAACGAGACGACGGCAUCAGUAGCAGCAGCAGCCGGAGUGAAGGUAUCGACGACGCCUAAGAAAGCUGUGGUGGCUGAGGUCAAGCAGGAGGUGGCGGCCCACAAGGGCAAGAGUACGGCUAAGGGCUCGAAGCGGUCGUUGAAGAAGGCCAAGGAUGCUAAGGCCGAGGAAGUAGAAGGGAGUAUAGUAGGCAGUGAGAAGGGAGGUCGGAAGAGGGCGGCCUCGACGCCUAGGGCCAACAAAGGGGCUAACAAGGCAGGGAAGAAGAGGAGUAGAGGCCGACCACCCAAGAGUCUAUUCUCGGACAUAGAGGAGGAAGAGGGGGAUACACCCGACAUCGACGGUGAUGACAAUGAUCAGGCCAUGGUCACUGAGCCGACUCCUAAGAAGAAGCGCACAAGGACGACGACGACCGCUGAGGGUUCACGGACCCCUAGAGCCAGUAAGAAGAAGGUUGAGGAAGAGGUUGUGAAGAAGUCCCCGAAGGUGGCUGUCCGAGGGGAGGUAGAGGGGGUCUCGGAAGCAUCCCCCCCUCCAGAGGAAGCAUAUGAGAAGCCAGGUAAGAGGAGGAGGAGUGUGCUGAAGAUGAUGGAGUCGAGCGAUGAUGAUGAUGAGGAGGAGGCAGCAGCCGAGGAGGCGGAGGCGGCGGUGAAGAGGCGGAAGAGGAAGAAGAAGCAUGAGGGGAAGAAAAUGAAACAUAAGAAGAAUAAGAAGGUGAAGGCAAGCGAGAAGCUCGAGGCCGUUGACGUUGAUACUAAGGGCAUCACUGGGGGCAGCAGCACUGUGGACCUGGAGACGACGACGACUAGUGUGAGCUACCCUAUGCCCACGGGCAAGGUCCCAACCUUACACCAUCGGGCCGAUGCCUUUAUGCUAUGUGUGAAGCCAGUAGGGUGUACUAUUGAGACCGCUAUAGCGUGGGCUAAGGCAUUGAUCUCGGCUGAGGAGGGCGAUACGAAACCAGAGGAUGUUGAGCUCAUUGCAGGCGUUAUGGACGAGGAGUAUAGUGGUUUAUGCCUCUUUGGGCUCUCGGGGGCAACCAAUGCCUUCUUGAAGGAGCAAGCGAGGACCCAAACCCUUUGCCUUGGGUACCUCUGUGUGAUCGCUGGUCGACCUCCGGCCCCCAACGGCCUCCUACAUGGCAGCCUCGGGUGCAGCUACACUACUGUUGCUACGAUGACUGAUUCGAACACUGGGAAAAUCGAGUACGCCCUCAUCUAUGUUAAUGCGACCCCCCACGAGGAGGGCAGUCUACCAUUGCUGCCGCCUCAUAUCAAGCUGGCCUCUGCGGACACCCAUUCCCUCCUCUACUAUGGCCUCAAAGGCUCCGGUCGGAGCUCAUUGGUCCAUGCUAGUCGUUUGGCUUUCUACCCACCGAUGCCCAACAGCCCCCAUACGCCGAUACCUAUAGCUGGCUUUGAAAUAUCGAUACCACCGGAAUAUGCGGAGUUCCUCAGAUUCGCUGGAGACACUCAGACCAAUUGGGAGCCUCUUAAGGUCUCGAUGUCCUGCAACCGGUUCGCCAACGUUGGGCCGGACCACUGGGUGGUCGGUGGCUCACGACAAGGCCAGGCCGCCAGUGUCUGUAAGGUCCACUGCUGGUCCGACUACCUGGAUGUCCUCCAUAACCAGCACGAGAUUGCUCAGGCAGCUGCUGCGGCUUCAGAGGAUGCCAAGAAUAACGACGAGGGCAGAGAGUCUGAUAACGACCCCUUAGUGCAGCUGAGACGCCACGUGAUAACUACUGUUCGGCUCAACUUCGAAUCGCGAGGUCAAGGUUUCGCUGGUGGGGUGGGGGUACUCAUAGCAGAUGUCGAGGCCCAGUUAGAUGCUGAACUGCCCACGUGGAGGGACGCGGUACCUCACUCGGCUGCUGACAGCAAUAGGGUUGGUCUAAGAGGACUACUGGGGGAUACAGAGCCAGAGAGACGGGCUCAGGGAAUUAUGAAGAUAUACCUCCCAUUCGAGUCGCUCCCUCGAUUGGCUCAGCAUCCCGAGUAUAGCUCCUACAUGCACUCACAGACGGUCUAUGCGGGUGGUCCGAUCUCACAGAAAGGGUCGGAAUCUCGAUGGCAGCAGCAGCAGUAUCAUCAUCAUAAGGGUGGUGGGGUGAAGUGGGGUCAGCAGCAGCAGCAACUGCCGGCACAACAGCAGCACUACAAGGGUAGUGGGGGAUGGGCGAGUGGUCAUAAGGGGGAUUGGUCCAAGUAUAGAGGAGUUGAUUGGUCCAAGAAGGGCAGUGGUGGAGAUCGGCAUCAUCAUCGUGGUGGUGGUGGCGGCCCUAGUCCUUGGGCCUCCUCCUCCUCAAUACCUUCAACCAGUAGACCACUAUCUCGGAACUGGACCUCUAGCUAUGAUCAGUAUCUACAUCAUCACACUACUGAUACCGAGGCCCCCGGCAAGCAACAACAGAGGCCCUCAUCAGGAUCACCCUCGGGGGCUGUGGAGGAGGCUGCUUCUGAGCUACGUAGGCCAAGCCCGGGCAGGGUUGUCCCCCAACAACAAAGCGUGGACCGAUCUACACCCCCGCAAAUGUCCUCGGUAAUUGCCCGAGCUACAGUGGCGGCAGCUCGUGAGUCGGCUUGGAGUGACAGACCGGUGACAGCACCAAUGAGCCCCGCUAUGGCGGAGGGUAUGACCACAACUUCACCGCCCGUACAGAGGUCUACCAGUGAGAUAAGUGUCGCCCUGGCCUCCCCUGCUAGCGCUGGUCUUCCCUAUGCUCCAAGUAACCCGGAGAUGUCCCCAGCGGCGAUGAGUGAGUCCCAGAAGCAGCCCCCGUUGGUCCCACGGCCACAUACAGUGCUUCGACCCCUAGUACCUUUGGGGAUGCCUCAAGUCCCUGAGGUGGUCCUGAGUGACGCUGACGUGAAGGCCAUUGUGGAGCUAACUGCCCUCAUCAGGCAGCGGUGUGGUAAUCCGAUGCUGGCGGCUCCGGGGGAUGGUAGUAGUAGCAGUGCAUCACAGUCGAUCCACACCGAAGGGCCAUCCUCAUUGGAGCCCCCUCGGGACCCUCGUGAGGUCCUACGACGGGCUGGCAGCGCGGCGAGGUCUGGCGGUGGGUCGUCGACUAGAGCGAGGUCUCCACAUAGCCGUACGCCGCCCCCUCGACGGAGGAACGAGGAGCGGGAGAGGAAUAGGAUGUAUUAUAGGACCCCGGACAAGGACGAUCGAUCGUCCCCUAGAGGGGCUAGGAGGAGGCGAGGACGGACUGCCAGCGACAGUGAGAGCAGAUCGAGGAGUAUUGUUGCGAGGCGGCGGAGGACCUCGAAGAGCGGGUCCUCGGGAGAGGCUGGUGUCGACUCGGGGUAA